AUGCUACUAGAAACAUUUGUGUGCAAGCUUCCAGGUGGACAUGUAUUUUCAUUUCUCCUAGGUAUAUACCUAAGAGUAGAAUUGCUAGGUUAUAUGGGAGUAUUGUGUGAUAGUUGCUCAGUCGUGUCUGACUCUUUGCGACCCUGGUUCACCUAUUCCAUGGCUCCUCUGUCCAUGGAAUUCUCCAGACAAGAAUAUUGGGAGUGGGUAGCUAUUCCCUUCUCCAGGCUAGGGGAUCUUCCCAACCCAGGGAUCGAACCCAGGUUUCCUGCAUUGCAGGCAGAUUCUUUACCAUCUGAGCCCCCAGGGAAGCGCAAAGCCUUAGAGAGGCUAUAUGGUAACUAG